AUGAGUGGUCCAAGGGAGGUCCCGAUGGGGACGAAGCAAAAAUACACGCCAAGUGAUCCAGGCCAAAAAGGCGGCGAAGGCUUCUCGGGAGGCAGCAACGCCUUCCCUGGCAAGGACCCCGCAGAGGACCAUCAGUAUGGCCAUGACGGAGACAAAUCAUCAUUCCAGAAACCGGUCAGUUGGCCCUACACAUCAGAAGGAGUGGAUCCACCACCAAGACAAGGCCCAGCCCCUGGCAACAAUGGCUCGUCACAGCCAACCUCACCCCGUGCUGCUGCAAACCGUGACAAACUAGAGGGUACCAGACAUGGUGGAGUCAACCCCAACGCGCCACAGAACACCAAGCCUUUCGAGCCUUCCAAGGAGAAGCACGACUCUGGAAAGAAGAAGGAUGAGAAGAAGAAUAAGGACUAG